UAGAAUAAACGUAUUUAUUGCGCAGUGAAAGCGACUACAGUUAGAACAUUUUUCUUCUUAUGAUUUCGUGAUUCAUUUGAAUGAAUAUAUUUAAUUUCCAACGUGUGCGCCAGAAAAUCCUAGAAUUUUCUCAAAAAUCGUUGUAAGAACGUUAUUUUGAAUGCUUUCAUGGCAACGAAAAGCAAUGAAUUCAUGAAAACAUACGCUGGAGGUUGUCAUGGCAACGCGCGUCUAAAGCCGUGGAGGAAGAUGUCUCCGUAACAGACCUACAGACCAUGAAGACUUAUGCUCAGCUGGCUCUGUAAUAGACCAUUCUACAGACCAUGAAGACUCAUGCUCAGCUGGCUCUUUAAGAGACCAUUCUACAGACCAUGAAGACGCAUGCUCAGCUGGCUCCGUAAUAGACCAUUCUACAGACCAUGAAGACUCAUGCUCAGCUGGCUCUGUGAUAGACCAUUCUACAUGCAGACCAUGAAGACUCAUGCUCAGCUGGCUCUGUAAUAGACCAUUCUACAGACCAUGGAGAGUCAUGUACAGGUGGUACAGCAGGUGGCAACUGCACUGCCAUCUGCCGAGGAGCGGCAGAUGGCACCUGCUCUUCCUGCAUGUCCCGACCACAAUUGCACCUGCACUGUCUGCACCUGCACUGUCUGCACCUGCACUGUCUGCACCUGCACCAUAAAAUGUCCAUGUUCCAAAGGUGGGUCAAGCUGUGCCAGCUCCACAGACAGCAGCUGCUCCAUAAAAGAUCGCAGCUCCAGCUGCCCCGCAGUCCCCCCCUUAAGUGGGGCCCAAGCUAUAGGCCUCCCCCCAAAAUUAGGCGGUCCUCCGAAAUUUUCCUCUCUGGCGUCGAGUUUCCAGUUCCGGAGUUCGAGCGACCUGCUGCAGAGCAGACGUCAGAGCAGCCCUGACCACAGAGCUACCAACACAACAACAACAACACCGACCAAGGUCCCCUUAAGGGCGCGGCUAAGGAGGGAACCCUCGGCGCAGGGCAAGGAGCUACUGCAGAAGAGCCACAGUGACCCCAGCGCCCGCCCGCGGCGCCCUUUGGUGCUGCACCGCCGCAGGGGCUCUCCUGUGUCCAAAUGUAUCCUCACGCUAGACGGCUACAGCUACGUCAUCGUGGCCAGUCCCCCCGACAAGAGCGCCGACGGCAGCCCCAGAGACGAGCCCCAGCUGCCCCAGGGGAGCCGCAACGGGGAGCUCAACAAGCAAGGGUCGCUUACGAUCCUGAGGCGGUCCAGCAGCCGGACCCUGGGCCGCCCUCGGGGGCCCUCGGACCCCGACCCUCCAGCGGCCCCGGACCCCGACGACGCGGCUGAGAAGGCGGCGGUCCGACGCCCCCCUGACGAGGAGGACGAGCUGUCCGAGGUGGAGCCUGACGCGGUGCCCCCCGAGGUGCGUGAGUGGCUCGCCUCCACCUUCACCCGCCAGCUGUCGGGCGGCCGGCGAAAAAACGACGAAAAACCCAAGUUCAGGUCGGUGGCUAACGCCAUCCGUGCGGGUAUAUUCGUAGAGCGCAUCUACAGAAGACUCUGCUCUGCCACCUUCCUACAGCUGCCGCAGGAGGUCUCCAGGGUACUCAAGAGGGUGGACUGCUGGGACUUCGAUGUGUUUGUGCUGCAAGAAACCAGCAACAACACGCCGCUGCGCUGCUUGUCCUACGAGCUACUCAACAGAUAUGGCCUCCUGCACAAGUUCAAGGUAAAGUUCCAUCGUUCUCUUACGUUCAAGACACUAGUUUUCUCCUUGAUAUCCAAAAUAUCCUUCCAUAACUAGUUGACGGACAUCGACCUACUAGAGACGCUAGUUUUCUCCUUGAUAUCCAAAAUAUCCUUCCAGAACUGGUUGACUGACAUCGAGAUCUUGGCCACCCUUGUGGCGGCCAUGGUGCACGACUACGAGCACACCGGCACGACCAACAACUUCCACGUCAUGUCGGGCUCCGACACGGCGCUGCUCUACAACGACCGCGCCGUCCUAGAAAACCACCACAUAUCCGCCGCAUUCAGACUCCUACAAGAGGAAGGGAACAACCUGGUUGUGAACCUGUCACGGGAAGAGUACCGUGAGUUCCGCGGGCUGGUGAUAGAGAUGGUGCUGGCCACUGACAUGUCAUCACACUUCCAGCAGAUCAAAGCAAUGAAGAACAUGCUUACCAUGUCAGAGAACAGCCUGGACAAGGCUAAGGCGCUGUCGCUGGUGCUGCACUGCUGCGACAUCUCGCACCCCAGCAAGGACUGGGCGGUGCACCAGCGCUGGACGGCCCAGCUGCUCGAGGAGUUCUUCAGGCAGGGCGACCGCGAGCACCAGCUCGGCCUGCCCUACUCCCCCCUCUGCGACCGCAACAAUACUCUCGUCGCUGAGAGCCAGAUAGGCUUCAUCGACUUCAUCGUAGAGCCCAGUCUGAGCGUGUGCAGCGACCUGCUGGACAGGGUGGCAACGCUGGCCUCUGGCGCUGCCACCGCCAACACCAUCGCUGAGGAGACUGCCAUCGAGCCCGGUGGCCCCAUCCGGCGCCCCAUGGUGGGGCGGGAGCUCAGGAGGCCCUGGGUCGCCUGCUUGGCCGCCAACAGGAGCAAGUGGAGGGAACGCGCCAGGGAGGACGCGGAACUGCGACAGCAGCAACAACAAGGGGAAAGCGAUACCAAAAUCGACGAAACCAAGUCUGAUGAAACAGAAACCGGUGAAACUAGACCCUGCGAAACCAAUACAGACGAAACCAAGGCGGGUGAAACUAAAGAAGAGAGACCCUCUCCUCUUCCUUCGUCCCGCCACACUAAUGGUGGAACGGCCUAAAUUGUUUAUUCAUAUUAUAUACAAAAUAUUUAAUCAAUGUGCGGUAAA